AUGUUGCUACAUUCGGGGUUUUGCGAAGUCUUUCAUGAUUUACGGAAUAGAGAUUACCAAACUGAGUACCAGAAAGUCUUACUAACCACGUACUGGGAGCUGGGACGAGCGCUUGGCCAUGAUUGCACACAGGGCAUUUCUCUCGAACGGUUAAUACCACCGAGCACGCAGGCCGGACGCAAAUCUCGGUCGUCCACAACUAUAUCCAUACUUGAGAAAAGGCAAGAAGCGAUAAUAGAGGCAGCUUUAAAUAGAACAUAUAGUGAUGGUCCCUUCCGGUUACGGCUCCCAACAGAAGUGGUUCAGCUCAUUGUCAUGGGUCAGCAGAGUAAGGCUGUGGUUGCGCGGAUUACACUAAAAGAUGGUGCUCUAGUACUUUCUAUCGUUUUUAAACAUACGACUAAGGCAAAGUCUAAGACAAGUGUUUCCACAGCCGGCUCAGAACCAGAAAUUCCAUUGGCAAGAGGCACUCGGUGGAUUGAGAAUAAUGAACAGUUCAGCAAGACAGUCAUUUGUGAGGCUGUCCGGUGUCACCUGAAGUCAGCAUUUCGCAACAUUUAUAACACAUGGUCUCCAACGAUUACAGAGUACUUUAUAAACCAGGAGCAUCUACCGCAGAUUAUCUAUGCAUGCCGCAGUGCUCUUAAACGGUCAAUGGCUGUGGACGUGGAUGAAAAUAUUGAAGACUAUCACCAGCAUGUUAUUCGGGGCAUAGCUCUGCGUAAAACUACGGCCAUAAGGCUAGGUAGGUCACAGCACAAUGAUAGCACCUUUAACUCCCUGGCUGUGCCGCUUGUUAGUUACUACAUGAACUCCUGGUCUCCUAGCGAAAGUGACGCGCUGCUGCUUUCCGAGCGCUUCCUUGCAGAAAAUUUGUCUGCGCGUAGCAUAGAAGAACACAUUAAUAGCAUACGACAUAUACUCAACGCCUAUGUCAGGCUCAACACACUUUAUGGCGAACGUGUCCAGUCAGCUCUCCCCACUUUGGAUAAUGAUUCUGCCCAACUAGAUGGUAAAGUCUCUGCGCACGAAGGUACAGAUACGAAGGUUACGGGGAUUUGUAGUAUUGGACACCCUGCACAUACAUUCAAAACAGCAAUGCUCCUGUUUGUACCCACGCCCAUGCAAAUCAAGAUGAUCUUCAGCACUGCAAGGGAAGUGCUCGACAGGCCAGACUCUGAGGUGCUGGAUUUAGACGAGCUCUACACAGAAUUCACAGAUCAACCCUACAAGGUUCUUUCUAACGAUACUUCCUUUCUGUUUGGUAAAGAGCAUGCUAUUGACGAUUAUUCCACCAUUUAUCCUGUGCGCACAGUGAGUCCAUUCUUGCUGCGUGAACGGGGGUUUACAGAGCAUAAGCGAGUAACCCCUUUGGCCAGUACGACCAAAUCUUCCGUAAGCGUAACCGGAGAAUCAGACAAAGGAUCUUCACAGUCGCGGAAACCUGUUUCUAUACCUGUUUAUCACGACCUUAGUAUUUGCUAUCUCCCAGUCAGAGCAGAAAAUCAAUCUGUUCAUCGGCAGAAUAAAGAAUAUGAUAUGUUCAGCGGAAUUUUUCGGCACACAGCCAGAAGCUAUAGUGAGGUCGUUUCUAUUAUUAAGUCUCGAAAAAACCACUUAAAGGCGAUACUCCAGGGCUCCGGUAACUCUGGCAGCUCUUCAUCUGCAGCAAUAGAUCUGCAAAGCAAAAGCGUGGACUAUGAAGGUAAUCAGCCCCAAGCAUACUCAGCCUCAACUGAUAACGAAGCGCUGAAUCACAAGCGGUACAGUCGGAUGCCGUGUUCAAACUCUAUGCACAACAGUACCUUUGUUAAAUCUGCAUCUAAUAACAUGACUGGAGCCAUCUAUUCUCUUAAGGGUUCCUCGUUGUCUGCUGAUAACGCUUAUAGACCCGAAAGAGUAUCUGCCCAUCAUGAGCACUAUUCUGAGCCGGGCCGGAAACAGCUAUUUUCAUACUCUUCGAGGUGCAACUCUCACUCUGACCACAACUUUGGAUCUAGUACUAAGGAUAACGUUGUUGUUAAUCUCGAUACACCAUCUUCCAAAACGUUUAACUUUAUACGCAUGCCGUUUGGAGGGUCAAAGACCGCCCAGGAUAAGGUGGAGCAGCAAGCCAAGCAAAAGCGCGAGUUGGAACAAAAACUCUUAGAAGAUGCUCUUGCUGAGCAAAAGGAGAGGCUGCUGUCAGAGCAGCAAGCCCAUAAGGAGGACCAGAAGCGGCUACUCGAGCUCGAAAAGCAAUUGAGCGAGCAAAGAGAGCUUAUGUUGCAGCGACAAGAAGUAGAAAUUCAGGUUCAAAGCAUAAGCACACCAUUGCCCACCGAUAGGUCUGAGUUAGAACGCCAGUGUAGCCACGGAGACACCGGACCCUCGCUGAAUAACUGCUCCCACUCCAACUCCUGUGGCUCCGUUGAGGCUGUGCCACAAGAGCGCGUCCAGGACACCCAAUACUACAAGUAUAUCGUGGAAUCAGAGGCUAUGCGUAUUGACCAGCUUGGCCGACUAACUAGCUUAAAGGCGCAUGCGAAGUUUUUAGAGUUCCACCAGGGGUCGUUUGGUCCUGAGAGGCUCUGCCUUCUCUCUGCCUCUGUGUAUAGGGAGCUGGAAGCAUAUCCCUUUGCUGGAACCAUGAAGGACAUCAUUUUCACCAUGUGGAUGGGCUAUGACAUUUCGAAGAGCCUAAUGGCACUUUUUUCCUCUGUGCGGGCAUGUGCAUUGGCCACCCCAACGAUGUUUGAGGGGAUUGAACGUAACACAAUGAAAAAUGUAAUUAAGGCACCCAACAUGAAUGUGAUUAGUGAGCGGGAUGAAAGGUCGAAGCAGGUUUGGUACGAUCGAGACAAGGAGAUACUAGAAACCAUCUUGAACUUGUUGCACGUGGAAACAAAGCAUUCGGUACUUGAGUUGAUUAAUUUUUGCUCAACCAUGACUAGGCUUCUGAGCACGGUGAAGCAAUCUCCAUCCUCUAGCUCCUAA